AUACUUUGGAAUUACUUGUGACAGCUCUUUGAGUAACGUGCUUCCAUUUUUAUGACAUCUGAGAACCACCAAUUUAAUUAUGCGCUGUAUUUACAAGAAUCAGUUUGAAGACCAAGAAGGAAAUGCUUAAGACUUUAUGUAUGACAACAUAAAUAAUUAUUCUUGUAAGAAUGUAAUUAUAAUUUAAAUUAUACCAGAUUGUCAUAUGAUUUUUAUGAUUUAAUAUUGUGUACUAUAUGUGGCUGCUAAAGAAUACAAGAAUCAAAUGUCAACAGCCAUUUUUAUUAUAUUAAUAUAUACGUAUUUAAUAUAUUGUUCACACAGCAGUAUCUUUUACUAUGCAACUUAUUUCCUUUUUUAUGUAUGUAUUGUAUGUUUCUUAUUGUAAAAUCUCAUAAAUAUAAUUUGUAUGAUCAGUAUUUUUCUGGAUGUAACCUCAUGUACUGUAACACUGUGACAUCUGCAUUUAAGAAAUAUCAGAGGAAAAAUGUAUUUGAAAAUUUAAUGAUGAAAGGAUUGUUUGAAAAUUAAGCAAUUCUGUGAUGCAGGGAUAUUUUGAAAAAUAUAUAUUUUUUAAGGCGGUGAAAAAAUUCUGUGAUUUUAUGGUUAAUGAAGAUUCGUCAUUUAUGAAAAGCCACCGCUGGUCUAUAUUCCACUGACAAGACCUUGAUUGCCAUCAUGUAUCAUACUCUUUACCCUUAUCUUUAGCAUUGCGCGGGUGCUGUCUGUAGAUGGCAACAUCAGCCUGUUCCUGGUUAUUGCAUCUAUGUAAAGAUGGCAGUUGUAGUCAAGAAUCGAUGAUAGUGCGUACUUGUGACAUUGCAAUAUCGAUAAUGAGAACGUUGGUUGUGAAAUGAGGUUCAAGUCAGUAUUUUCUAGAUCAGAUGACUUGUUUAAAGCAAAGAUACGAAUUCAUUUGCAACAUAAAACAAAUUAUCUGUGUAUGUGGCGUAUAUGGCAGUGAUGAAGUUGAGAUAAAAAAUGUCUAUAGGCUUGUUACCAUGCACUCUGCUUGAAAUUAGAAGGAAAAGAAAUGGAUAAUUUAAGUUCCAAUGUUAUCAGUGGUCUGUCAAAAAAAUUACAAGACUUGACAUUUUUCCCAGGAUGGGCCUCCAUCCCUACAAUUGACUAGCCUGCUGGAUGAGUUGCCAUUUUUGUCCAAAUCAACAUGGAUGUUUGGCUCUAUAUGGUCACAUGGAAUGUGGCCACUCGUCAUCCUGAAGAAGAUCUUGCAGAGAUGCUUGGUUUUGGGACUUCGGUAAAACAAAGGACCCAAGAAAGACUUCCUGAUUUUUAUGCCAUAGGCCUACAAGAAGUGAAGUCCCAACCCCAGAAUAUUUUGAUGGACGCAAUAUUUGAUGAUCCGUGGACCAAUGCUUACAGGGAUGUUCUGGCAAAAUGGGAUUAUGUGAAGGUGAAGACCAUUCGAUUACAAGGCUUGUUGCUGAGUUUAUUUUGUUUGAGGAAACAUUUACUCCAUCUGCGUGAUAUAGAAACUCAGUACACAAGAACAGGGCUGGGUGGCAUGUGGGGAAACAAGGGAGCAGUUACCAUUCGAAUGAGUAUAUAUGGCUGCUCCGUAUGCUUCGUGAACUGCCACCUCACCCCGCACGAUCACCUGCUGCAGGAACGUGUCACAGACUAUAACAACAUCAUUAGGAGCCAGCUGUUUCGUGCCAGGGAAACCAGCAACAUCUUUUUCCAUGACUAUGUGUUCUGGAUCGGUGACAUGAACUUUCGACUUGUAGACGGUUAUCGUGCUGAAGAAAUAGACUGCCUUAUUAAGAAGGGAGAGCUGACAACGCUACUGGAUAAAGAUCAGCUUCGACAAGUGAUGUCAAAUGGCGAAGCCUUCAGUGAACUGUCAGAGCACAUGCCUCCUUUCCCUCCCACAUACAAGUUUGAAUUCCAUUCAUCAAAAUAUGAUCUCAAACGCCGUCCCUCUUGGACAGAUCGAAUUCUGUACAGAGUGAAUGCUAAUGUGUAUGAGAACUUAACGCUACAAGCAGAACAAAUCUCGUACAGAAGCGUGGAGGAAUAUGUUCAGAGCGACCACAAACCGGUUGCUGGGGAAUUUAUAAUCAAGGUUUUCAGCGAUUACUACGAGCGUGUUGUCGAGUUCUUGCCCGUUGACCUGUGGUACGUAGAUGAAGAGAAUUCGGCCUCAUACGCUCUUUCUGGAGAUGUACAGCCGACCGUAUGGGACUGGAUUGGAGUUUUCAGGGAUGGGUUUACAAGUCUGGACGACUACCUGUGCUAUGUGUAUGCUGCUAGGGGGAGUGUCAGUGGAAACAGAAACUCCAUGGUGAAGAAGGUGGUAUUCCCAGAUACGGCUGUUCGGGUGACUGGACCUUAUCGCCUCCUGUAUUUUAGCCACAAUUCAGGGUGUGUGUUGGGUAUGAGCGAAGCUUUUGAAGUGGGCUGUCGUGACAAUGGCCAAGUAACACAGUUUGUAUGCCGCGACAGCUAUUGAGGACCACACAGUCAGCAGCGUAGUAAGUCAUAUUUGGAAAUAUGAUUGCGUUAAAUUGGUGCUGAAUUAUUACAUAUUUUGCUAAAAAUGGGUUGGUUGCUGAUCUCAUAUAAAUUGUUUAGUUCUACGUCUCACAUUAGAAUCAUGUGUUGCACAUUUGAUGGAGAUCAAAUUUUCCAUGCCGUUAAUUCUGUUAUAUCGUUUGUGUAUUUUUCCUUCUUGGGGUUUUUCUAUCUCAAUUUUGAGUUGCCUGUUUCUUGUGCCUAUUAUUUUCUGUCCCUCUUCCUUUCCUACGUCGUCAUGUUCAUUGAACGAGUCGUUUUGGCAGCUUGUCUCCUCCCUCUCAUGCCACUGCAGCUUUCUAUUUUCUGUCCUAUUCUAUUACUUUCACCGACUUGUAAUUUUUCACACUAAUUGCAAUUUCUCUUUUUUAAACAUGUGAGAAGUUAAUUUUCACUUUCGAGUUAUGUUUUCUCUUCUGCGUUUUAUGCGGUAUUUCACCCCCAAAAUUAAUGUGCUUAAGAUAUUAAACAUUAUAUAAAUAAUUUUGUUUCUUUUAUAUUCAAAAUUGAAAAGUCCUCUGGCUGUACAUUGUCGAGAAUAUCACAUUGGAGCCCUUCUCCGCCCGUUCGUGACAAAUGUGCAGCGACUUUAACGUAAAUAGAGGAAAUGUAACUUUUGAACGAAUCAUUAAAUUUCUGGCUAAUUUUAAUAAAUCCAAUAUGAUAGCACGUGGUCCUAGAAUAAAAUUUCUGUGCACGUAGUACGCUGAUUUUUAUCCAUCCUUUAAGUUAAUGUGUCAUAUGAGCGUCGACAGUUAUACUAGAAUAAUUAAUUUGUGAUAUGUGUUAAUUUGGCACCAAAAUUUGAUUAAAAAUACAGAAGUGAUUUACUGUAUAAAAUGAGACGUGGCAUCUCAGUUUCAUGUAUUAAGUUGUUUUAAUCUGUUAUAUAUCCACUCAGGGCUUUUGUUUAUGGAAAUAUUCACUUAUUCUCGAUAGACUUCGGUCUCCUGGAGAGACAGGUCGGGUUUUGGGGGCGUGCAGUAACCUUAGCAAUAUUAGAGAAACUGCAUAUGUGGCGCUUUUAGAUGUCCAGAAUGCAGCGCAAGACCUGUACAAAUUUUCUUGUAUGCUGCAUUAUGUUGUACUUCAUAACAAGUUGAUCAUGUCUUGUAGCGUUAUAACCCUAUGUGUGUCUUGGCUUGUUCGACGAGUUUUUUCCAUUCUGCCCUAUCAUUCUCAAUUCUUUUCCAUCCCCUCACUCCCAUUGUCCUCACAUCCUCCUCCACGUCAUCUAUCCGUCGUUUCCGUGGUCUCCCUCUCAUGUGAUCAUGUCACGCACCGUUUUAUAGAGGGGUACGUCAGCACGCGCCAAAUGGUCACGUCGACAUGUACUAUUUUCUAAAGUGUUAACGUUGGCACAUUUAGGUACAGUGUUCGUUCUUGCGAGUAUAAAGGCCUCGGAAUUUUGAUGUUUGUCUUCGGGUGACGUGUUCAUUUAAUUUUAGCAACAGCAAUAUUUGUGUGGUGUACGAAGUGUCCGCAGUAGGUCACGGUUCCUGGUAAAAUGAUCAGGUAAAAUAUGAACCAGUUAGAGUACCUGAAGAUAAUGUGUCCACGCAGUUUGUAAAGUUUAUUGUAUUAACUCUUACCACACACUUUUUAUUUACUCUGCAAAAAUAUCGUUAAAUAAUUCAGCGUAUGGGAGAGAAAACUUUGCGUACUUUCCCUAUGACUCCUUACAUUUUUACAAGGGAGAGAUUUCAAAUAUCACUGUUGUUAGAUCGCUGACAAAUGAUCUAGAUUAGAUAUUAAUGUUGGCACCUCUGUAUGUGGUGUCUUACAAAGAAACCUUUUUUUUUUGCCCUCCAACUCUUUAGAUUAAUCGGCCAUUAUGCGAUUUGUUUGAAGAUUUAAUGAGAACUUAUUAACUCCGAUUUUAUUCCGUCAAAGAACAGGUUUUGCGAAAUAGCAGUCUCUUAACAAAUAUUUUAGUUAUGUGCCAUGGAGUUUUUCCAUCUUAUACAUUCCUAUUCAUUUAUUCUAUAACUGCUGAAAGCAAGGUGUCUCAUAUUAGUAUCUUGGUUAUUAACAAUUAUUUGGUAAAAAGAAAUUUCUCAUUUUUUAUGUCUGCUCGAACUUGGGCAAUUCUUGACCUUGUUGGACCUUGUCCGUCGUCUGAGACUUACUUGGUAUGCAAGACACUUCAGGAGUU